AUGCCCCCUCUGCAACAUGACCCGGAGGAGAUGGAAGACACCAUCGUAAUCGCCCAACAAUCAGAUCUCGGCUCAGGCGCAUCUGCCCAGACCACCGCUGUGCGGUCAUGUUUACUCUGCCGUCGGAGAAAGGUCAAAUGUGACAAGAAGAAGCCGUGCGACGGCUGCUCUAAGGCCGGCGUGGAAUGCGUCUAUCCUAUGGGCCGCGCAAGUCGACGACAAGGCACUCCCGAUCCUGAGCUGACCAACAGAUUGAAAAGGCUUGAGGAUGUGGUCAGGAGGCUUGGGUCAUUUAUCGGAGAAGAAGGAAUACAACAGGCCCUCCAAAUCGCCCCUCCGCAGUCGCCCCACGGACCCCAGCAAUCCGCUUCCGCUUCCGAUAACAAUCCCUCUGCCACUCCGCCGCCUGUGUCUAUGGAACAAGAUCGAUAUGAGAAGCCUCAAAAGGUAGCGGCGAUUCCAGAGACAGGAAAACUGAUAAGGGAGGAGGGGAAAAGCCGGUAUAUCAGCGGCUCAUUUUGGGCGUCUUUGGGAGUUGAGCUCGGCGGCGAACACGAUACAACUGAAGAUCCAGGGUACGAUGCUGACUUUGAAUCUCUGGAGUCUAAUGUCUUGGCCCACAACUUCGAUUCCAUCUUUGGGAACAGCACCGCGCAACCUGUGGAUAUUUGCACGUUGCACCCUACCUCUGGAGCAUAUCGUUGGAAGAUGUGGUCUUUAUACAAGCAAAAUGUUCACCCGGUGGUCAGUUUGUUUCAUCUCGCCUCUUUGGAGCAAUGGUUCCACGAAUCAACCGAGGUGGCAUUCGGCAUACCACGAAACAUGGAACUCGCCAUGUUCUGCAUAUACUACGGGGCUGUUACCAGCAUAGAUGACGACGAUUGUCAAUCGAUGUUCGACAUGGACCGCUGCCAUCUCCUCUCAAAAUACAGGCUCGGCGUGGAGAAGUGUUUGGUCAGGGCUGGCUUCAUGGAUACAGAUGACCGACUAGUCCUUGAGGCACUCUGCGCUUUCCUGAUUAUCCUUCGCCGUCAUGAUGCGAGGCUAUCUUGGAAAUUAUCCGGACUUGCUAUCAGGCUGUCCCAGUCUAUAGGGAUCCAUCGUGAUGGCUACGCACUCCAUCUUCCCUUUUUCGAGGCCGAGAUGCGGCGGAGGCUCGCAUGGCAACUGUGCAACAUUGAUGCACCGGCUCAGGAAGAUUACGCUUGUGAUCCAUCCAUGCUCGAGAUGAGCAGCUUCGAUGCUGACAUGCCCAUCAACGUGAAUGAUUCCGAUCUUACUCCCGAUAUGCUGGAGAGACCAUCGGAGAGACAUGGCUUCACUGACAGCACAUUUCUUAGGGUGCAUGUUGAGAUUACGCGUCUCUGGCGGUAUGUAUUCGACUCUCGACGGCUUCGAGACCGAGGCGAGAAAUCAGUAGAAUCCAUGACGGAUACCGAGAAGGAUGAAUGGCUCGAGCAAUGUCAUCAACGUCUCCACCAAGAUUAUCUGAAGUGCCUGUCACUGUCGGAUCCAUUGCAAUGGGUCUCGGCAUUGUAUGUGCGGUGUAUGCUUCUUGAACUGAAGCUCAAUGUGUUCAAGCCGUUACAGAACCCAGCGAGAUUCAAUACCGCGAGGCGAAACAAGCUUUUUCUUUGCUCUCUCGAAUGUAUCGAAGCAUCGUACCGACUUCAGCAUGACCGUCGCAGUGAAAAGUGGGCAUGGUUCUUGAAGUCUUACAACCAGUGGCACGCUCUCGCCUUUGUACUCCACGAACUACGCGAACGGAGGGCAGGCAGCAGUGCCGGUAAUGCAUGGCGCGCGGUAGAGCGGGUCAUGGCAUCUAGAUGGGAAACGCCGUGCGAGAAUUACCGAGGUGGGCAUCAGUGGAACACUAUCUUGCGCAUGUGGGAGGCUGCCAGGGCGGAGAAUCGCAAGGUCAUGCGGUCUCCUCACCAAGACACCGAGACUUCUAUGGGCGGCCUACGCCCUUCAUCAGCGGCAUUGACUGAAGGCAAUAUGAGCCGAACACCUCUCAAAGCUCCUGCCGUUACGACAGCAUCUUCCGAACCAGCAAAUGCACUAUCUCUAUCAAGUGGUAUAAGAUGCAGUGGCGUUGACUUUCAAGAAUAUGCCUCUUCUGAAGAGAUGCGAUCAUUCCCGAAACAGGCCAAUUUUUCGAUGAUUGACAUGGAAGAAUCGCCUGCGGACAGAUACAGCACUGUGUUUAGUGAUAAGAGUCUGGUAAUACCGGGAGUAGACGAUUGGACGGAAGGAUUUGAAAUAGACUUGGAGCUAUAA